AUGAUCAAUGAUGAAAUAUUUCACCAAAUUGCUUAUCCAAUUCGCAUUAUUUUACCUAUUAUUUAUACAUUGAUUACUUUAAUUGGUCUUCUUGGAAGUGUAGUGAAUUUUUAUGCUUUAUGUGUUAGUACCAACCGAUUUAGUAGAAAAAGUAUUCACUUACUUAUUUGGAAUUUACUUGUCGAAGGAACAAUAUGGACAAUAAUAUUCUACAUAGUUAAAAUGGUAUCGUAUGCUGAUCUAGGUGAACAUUUUGCAUUAAAUAAUGGUAAAUGGUUGAAUGAUGUAUGGUGCAAAUCGGAAAUGUAUAUAUUACGUAUAAUGGAUUUUGUUCUUGCUUAUACGAUCGUUUUUUUAUGUUUUGAUCGAUGUGUUAAAAGAAAAAGAUGUUGUUAUGGUCAACGCCGUUUCGCCAGUGGCAUUUGUCUAUUAGUAUCGUUGUGGCUUGCUGUUUGUUAUGCAUUAAUACCAAUAUUAUUUUUUAAUCAAGAAUUAAAAACUUUGAAUUAUGGUUCAUAUGAAUGUGUUUACAAUGAAACGCAAAUAAAUCAAUUAACUUGGUUAGAUUUAAAACAAAUUCAAACACCUUAUCGAACAAUUUAUUUAAUUGAUUUUAUAUUUGGAAAUGCUUUACCGAUAUUUUUAAUGAUUUUUCUCUUAAUAUUACGCAUUCUCAUUCAUAAAAAAAUGAAAAGAAAAUAUAAAAUUGAAACAAGUAGUAUUUUGAGCGAUACUGAAAUAAAUAAGUAUAACAAAUUAGAUAUAACAACAUAUGAUGAUGAACAUCCUGAUCUAAUUAAAAUGGUUGUUUUAUAUGUGGUUGUAUAUAUAUUUUGUCAACUUCCAUAUUAUAUUUAUCGUUUGUCAUGUAUUUAUCAUCCAUCAAUAGAAAUGCAUUUAAAUUCACUUAAUAUUUCCUAUGCAAUUGAUAUUCCGCUGAUUAUUCUUCGGUUAAUCAAUCGUGCUAUAAAUCCUUGGCUUUCAUUUUUUCUAAUGCGUUCAAUACGAGAUUCAUCCAGGCGAGCAUGUUCAUCGUUUUGGUGUUGUAGCUGUUUCCCAUGUUGUUCAAAUCGCUGGUCAUGUUUACGUGAUUGUUCAUCAUGUAUACGUCAUGAAUGGUCUGAUCUAAAAACAACUCCCAAAAUAAUAAGAGAAAUUCGUCGAACAGGAAACACGAUGAAAAAAGAUAUUAUUGAUUCAACUGGAAAACAUAUUAGACAAACAUACGAAGAAUAUGCUAGAUAUUAUCAUCGACCACGUUCACAUUUUAGUGAUGCUAAUCCAGCGUUACUAUUUGUUGGCAGAAAUACACCAUCGGUAACGGAUUAUUUACCUUAUUUAACCAGUAAAAAUAUAGUGCAACUUGAUGAACCCAGUACUGAAUUGUAA